AUGGCCGUGGUGAGUCCUAUGCCUGCAAGUCCACAAGAAAUCAAUCGUGUAAGGUACCCUACUAUUGAAAUUACAGAUAUAAUGGGAAGUGUGGGUGAAAUUGUGGCGGAAUCACCAUUGCCGGCAAGAGUGAUCGAAGAUAAAAUGUAUGUUACGGUUGGGAAAGAUGUGAAAGAUAGUGAAUUGACUCUUAAAUGGGCAUUACACAACUCAGGAGGAAAGAAAAUCUGCAUCCUUCAUGUUCACCAACCAGCUCAGAAGAUACCCAUCAUGGGCACAAAAUUUGCAAUAACUCAGCUGGAAGAACAGGAAGUCAGGGCCUACCAUGAACUUGAGAGGCAAAAUAUGCAUAAGCUUCUGGACAAGUAUAGUUUGAUUUGUGGCCAAGCAGGGGUGCGUGCAGAGAAACUGCACAUUGAACUAGAUUCUAUUGAGAAAGGCAUUGUGGGACUCAUAUCUCAGCAUGGUAUCAGGAAGCUUGUCAUGGGAGCAGCAUUAGACAGACUCUAUUCAAGGGAAGGUAAAUCAGAUGGAGUCAAUGUAGAGGGUGCAGGUCUUUCACUUGCAGCAACUCCAUCCAUUUCCUUAAGAUCAUUCUCUGUAUCAGAAGGGCAGAAUGAUCAAUUAAGGCUCAAUGGUUCAGCUCCAGACUAUCGUAGAGUAAUGUCUGAUAAUCACGGAAUGAACCUUCCUGCAUUCUCUGCUUCAUAUUUUACUGAAGGGUUAAGACCUCGCAGCAGGUUAACUGCAGAAGGGAACUUCGAAGAAUGGGAUGGGUUAUCAAGGAGAAGUCCUUCAGUGGGUUCACGUUUUUCAACUAGUUCUUCUAGUGAAGUGGUUUAUGAUUCAGCUUCUAUCUCAUAUGCAAGGACUGAGGGAAGUGAAACUGGGUUAGAGUUACAUGGACAUCCUGACGAGGAUCAUCAUCAUUUGUCUCCUCCCAGUGUACAGCCUAUGGUUCAUGAACUUUGGCAUCAAGGCACUAUGCACAACGAACUCUCCCAUCGGCUAGAAAAGUUUGUGGUGGAGGCAGAAAAUUCCCAGCGAGAGGCAUAUGAAGAGUCAAUCAGGCGCAGGAAAUCUGAAAAAGAUGCCAUUGAGGCCGUACAUAGGGCUAAAGUGUCCGAAACUCUGUAUACUAAGGAACUGAGACGCCGGAAAGAAAUUGAGGAAGCACUAGCAAGAGGUAAGGAAGAAAAUGAAACGAUGAAGCAUCAGCUAGAUGCAGUCAGGGAAGAACUCCAGGGAGCCUUGGAACAAAAAGAAUCUCUGGAGAUCCAAAUUGCAAAUUCUGAUCGGAUGGUGCAGGAGUUGGAAGAGAAAAUAUUUUCUGCCGUCGAACUGUUGCGGAAGUACAAGAAUGAACAAGAUGAGUUGAAGUUGGAGCGUGACGACGCACUGAGAGAAGCUGAGGAGCUAAGGAAAAAGCAAGCGGAGGCAUCCUCCAGUACACAUAUGCCUCAUUUCUUUUCAGAUUUCUCUUUCUCGGAAAUUGAAGAAGCAACUCGCAAUUUUGAUCCAUCUUUGAAGAUUGGUGAGGGAGGCUAUGGAAGUAUUUACAAAGGUCUGCUUCGCCAAACUCAAGUGGCGAUAAAGAUGUUGCACUCCUAUAGUCAGCAAGGUCCAUCAGAGUUUCAACAGGAGGUAAGAUGGUUUGAGCAUUAUUCUGACUAA